AUGGAAGGUCCAGCCACAUUCAGGAUUGUCUUGCUGGGGAAAAGUGGAAAUGGGAAGAGCAGCCUGGCCAACACCAUUUUUGGAGAAACCAUGUUCAAACUUAAAAAUGCUAAGUUUGUUUCCGAGGCAAAAACCAAGUGUGUCAAUGGAAAGAAUCUCACUUUGAUUGAUACUCCUGGUUUGUUUGACACAGAGAGGUCUCUGGACACCAUAAAGCCAGGGUGGGAGAGAUGCAUCAUAGAGUGCGCUCCUGGACCUCAUGUCUUUCUGAUUGUUCUGAAAGUGGAAAAAUACACAGAGCAGGAGAAGACUGUUGUCACUAAAAUAUGUGACUAUUUCUCAGAUGAUGCCCUGAAAUACACAGCAGUGGUCUUCACUCAUGGUGACCAGCUCCCUGAAGGGAUGAAAAUAGAAGAGUAUGUUGGUCAAAGUGAUGGUCUGAGAGAACUGGUGGAGAAGUGUGGAGGUCGCUGCCAUGUUUUUGAUAACAGAUACUGGAAGAACAUCCAGGAAGAGAAUUACAGAAGCAACAAGUUCCAGUUGGCAGAGAUGCUCAACAACAUUGACAAGAUAAUAAUGACAAACAGAGGAGGACACUACAGUAAUACUGAACUUAAUGAGGCGGAGAGAAAAAUACAAGAAGGGGCACAGCUUAUCAGAAUGUCUUCAGAAAACAUGUCAGAUGAUGAGAUCCGACAGCAGGGGGGUUUCUUAGACUCUGUUAUACACAACCACGAGGACAAAGACAGCGUUUUAACAGUUUAUUUAGAAACACGGAUAAAGGUCAGACUGGAACCAGGGCUGCAGCUGGUGGACAAAUGUGGGGUCUCUCUGAAGGAGAAAGACAGAAGCUGGUAA